AUGCCUAUCGAAGAUUUAUCUGAUGAAGGUCUUCCUAAAGUACCAAAUCUUGAUUUAGCACAAAUAAAAUUUUUAUUAACUAUUAAAUCAAAUGAUUUAAUAUUAAAAGAAAAACUUUUAAAUGAAAUUAAACAAAAUAAUAUGACACCAUUUUAUAAUGAAUGUAUAAAAGAUGGUCAAUUAUCAUGUGAUGAUAAACUUCUUCAAACAAUGAAGAAAAUUAAUGAAGAAAAACUUAAAGAAUUCGAUGAAAAAAUUGAAGAAACAGAAAAAAUAUUUGGUGAAAGUGAAAUACGUGAAAGUUAUUUAGCUAAAACACAAUAUUUAUGUACAAUUAUUGAUCGUGAACAAGCAUUAAUAUGGUUAAGAAAAACUUAUGAUAAAACUGUUACAUUAGGACAUCGUCUUGAUUUAAUUUUUUAUCAAUUACGUUUAGGUUUAUUUUAUAUGGAUCAAGAUUUAAUUGAAAGAAAUUUAGAUAAAGCUAAAACAUUAGUUGAUGAAGGUGGUGAUUGGGAUAGACGUAAUCGUAUGAAAGUUUAUCAAGGUUUACGUGCUAUGUCAAUUCGAGAUUUUAAAUCAGCUGCUGAAUUAUUUCUUGAUACAGUUGCAACAUUUACAUCUUAUGAAUUAAUGGAUUAUCAAACAUUUGUUACAUAUACAGUUAUUUGUUCACUUGUUGCACUUGAACGACCAAAAUUACGAGAAAAAGUUAUUCGUGGUAGUGAAAUUCUUGAAAUUUUACAUGGACUUCCAUUAAUUAAAGAAUAUUUAUUUUCACUUUAUGAAUGUCGUUAUGCAGAUUUUUUUCGGUGUUUAGCAAUAAUUGAAAAAGAUUUACUUAGUAAAGAUCGAUAUUUAAUAUCACAUACAACAUAUUAUGUACGUGAAAUGCGUAUUAUAGCAUAUAAUCAAUUAUUACAAUCAUAUUCAUCAUUAACACUUAAAGGUAUGGCACAAACAUUUGGUUGUUCAGAUGGAUUUCUUGAUAAAGAAUUAUCACGUUUCAUUGCAAGUGGUAGACUUAAUUGUAAAAUUGAUAAAGUACGUGGAAUUAUUGAAACAACAAGACCAGAUUCAAAGAAUUUUCUUUAUCAAGAAGUAAUUAAAAAAGGUGACUUGUUACUCAAUCGUGUGCAAAAAUUAAGUCGUGUGAUCAAUAUCUGA